CACUCAUUCGUCAUUUCUGUUCUGAGCAUUCAGCUUAAAAAAAAUAAUGAUCGUGCACAAUAUCCCUUUGUUAUUAACUUUAGCAUUUGUGUCAACAGCUUCUGCCUCUUUACAAUGCGUAAGUGGAUGCUGGCGUAAUAAUGUCUUCUAUCCUAUUGGGGCUGAAGUUCCUAGCCUUGAUUCAUGUAAUACUUGUUGGUGUACUGACAGUGGAAUAGCUUGCACCGAAAUUUAUUGUCCUCCUGAAACUCCUGAACCAACAGGAUGCACCCAAAAUGGAAUAAACUAUCAGGAUGGAGAUGAAGUUCCUAGCCUUGACUCAUGUAAUACUUGUUGGUGUACUGGCAGUGGAAUAGCUUGCACCGAAAUUGCUUGUCUUCCUGAAGCUCCUGAAUGAGCAGCAAUUUUUGUGCAUCUAUUUAUUUUUAAUAUGUAAUUAAACUUUUGAAAAUUACUUGGUCUUUCAUUUGAAAUUCCUUGGAAACUAUUAAAAAUAUUAAAA